AUGAAUAGUUUAGAGGUUGGACAAUCUUCAUCAGCGAAGUCUGAUUCUGGUCGAAAAAAGAGAUUGUCAGGUCCCGGUCCGACGAACCUUACCGAAGAGUUAGUAUACCAAUAUGCGUUACGUGUCGCGUACUUGGUAUACUUAACACAGCCGAAAAUUCCAAAAGCUAUAAAAGCUGCACCCUCCCAAACCGUUGCUCCCGCUUUUAGACCUCCUCAAGAGGCUUCAAAGCGAGGUAGCUUUGCGGGGAAAGAUUCAAGUAAAACAACCCUUGAACAAUUUACUAAUCAUCUCGUAGCCUUUCAAGAUAUUUUUAAAGAUGAGAAAAAGUCAAUGAAAAGCAAUAAAAUACCUAAAGAGUUGAUUAAAAUAUUAAGAGAUAGACUUGGAGAUAUUACGACCGGUAGAGAUCGGAACCCAGAUUAUCAGGAUCCUUACUUACAAAGGGAUCUUUCAUUAUUUUAUCAUAGUUUACAACAGCAAAAUUUUCGUAAGCAAUUUAAAGAGAGUACUAAAAUUGAGGACAUUGUUUUAGCUUAUCUCAAAAUUGCUCAGGAUGAACUAAAAAAAGCUCAAAUGCCUGCUAAUAUCAAAUGGCAAGCUAAACUUACAGAACAUGUUGUUAUAUUUGUGGGCAUAUUGAAAGAAUGUCUUUUAAAAACUUCAUCGGUAACCCCUGAAAUGAUGUCACGACUAGAAAUUUAUUUAACCAAGAUGUCUGGUGCGCCUAAAGUUCCACCGACCAUAAAUGGGAUUAGUACGAAUGUUGAAGAUAUGGCCAUGGUUAAAAUAGUUCAAGCGAUUUUCAACAUUUCUCCUAAUCAAGCACAAAAAGAUGUCAAUGCAUUAAAAAAUAUUUGUAGUGAACAAUCUGCAUUAGAAGAUCUUCGGAAUAUUAUAAACCAUGUAAAUCGUGGCGCAAAUUUUCCUGCUUGUAGAGAUGAUUUUGAUUCGGAUGAAGCUUAUAACAAUUGGAAAAGAAUCGAGUUGAAACAAAUUACAGAAAAUAUUGCUUUCAUGAUUGCACUUAAUCCAGACUUAAAUCUUAAAGAAUCUACAGAAAUACGAGAGACUAUUUUGUCAGGACCAAAUGAUAAAAGGUCAUCGGUAGCAUCAAAUCCGCGACGCACAACAUUCACAGGAUCAAUGCAUCCUGAAACUAUGAACGAUGCUUUUCGUCAAUAUGAAGAAGCACGUUCAACUGAACGCUCCAUUGAUUCACAAUAUCAACAACCAGGUUAUACACAUCCUUAUAAUCCACAGCAGUUACAAUCAAAAUACCAUCACAGUAAUCAAACACCAUAUCCACCAUAUAGUAAUCCACAACCAACAUAUCCAUAUCCAUCUUAUAAUAAUCAACCAUAUCCACCAAAUAAUAAUCAACAACAAUCACAUCCAUCAUAUAAUAAUCAACAGCAACCGCCAUAUCCUCCUUAUAAUCCUCCAUAUCAUCAGCCACAGAAUUCAGUUAAUGAACCUAAAGAAGCAAUUAAUCCGCCUAUUGAGUCAAGUAGUCAAGGAGAUUCUUUUACUUUUAUUCCGCAACAUCCUCGUAAUUACUACAAGUAUUUGAUGUAUAAGUGUAUAGAUUACGAGUUAAUGUCACAUGAAGAGGCUUCAUUUAAGAUCCUUUCAAAAAAUACUCUGGAUUUUCUUAAUGAAUGUGGACUACGUUGGAGAGUUUCGCCUGCAUUUAGAUGGUUGCAAUAUUUAGAUGCGAUCAAAAGUCGAUAUGAUAGUCCUGAUCCUGAAAUCAAUUCUCAGAUUAGCUUGGAUCACUUAAAGGAAGGUUUUCAUUUAUUGAAUGAUGCAAUCAAGAAACGGCCUAUUAAUACAUGGACUAUUUCUGAUAAAAGGGAACUUAUUGAAGUAAUUUCGGGAAUUCAUGACUCUUUAUUAAGAGACCUGAAAGAUGGAUUAUCACAAUACUUCAGGAUUAAACCUCAAAGUUUUGAACCGAUUUUGUCUUUGAUACAGACAAUUUAUGAAAAUGAAUUGUUUCAAGAACAAUAUUCUAACGUUCUAUCAUCAUUGUACAAUGAACAUAGAUCUAUUGUUAUUGAAGUAGCGAUUAAAAAAUACCAAGAAAAGAGAGACAAAAUUUAUAAUCAAGCUGCUAAUGAGGUUCAUGCCUUAAUAUCUAUUGUUCGAUCAUUUCAAGAAGACUUGGAAAAAUUACGUGCCAAAUUCCCAAAACCUUUAAUAAAAACGCAAAUUCCUCUUUUUAUUGCGGAUAUGGAAAAUGCUACAUCUGAAAUCUUAAAAAAAGUCAAAAUGACUUCUGAAGAAGGAAUUCCCGUUGAAGAUAUUUUUGAAUUAUACAGAGAAGUUCUCGUUAUCAAACAAAUCUUUUUAGAAAAUUGUCAUGGUGAAAAUUUUACUUUUAAUAUUCAAGAGUGGUUUGGACCUCAUGUUCGUAAAUGGUUAGAAGCUAUGGACUCUAAGACUCCAGAAUGGGUAGAUUCUGCAGUUAAAGUUGAUAAGUUCAAAGCAGUUAGUGCUACAGACAGCCAUUCUUCUUCCGUAGUAGAUCUUUUCACAUCUUUUAAUCAAACUAUUGACUUUCUUAAACGACUAAAUUGGCCAAAUGAAUUCCAAAGUGCUCGUUAUAUGACGAGCUUAUCUAGGACUGUUAGUAAGGCUUUAGAGCAAUAUUGUAAUGUUAUAGAGGGAAAGUUUAAGGUGGACAUGUUUCCACCGGAAGAAACCGAACAAAUUGCAUCAAAACAAUCUGCUUGGUAUAUUAGAGCCAAAACUGCCAUGGCAACUGAUAAAGCUGUUCCUUUGGAUAUUAAGCCUGAGUCUUGCGUUAAAAUUAACAACAUUGAAGCAGCACGUGAGCAACUUGAUAGUUUGUAUAACACAAUGGAUGUUGAUUAUUUAGCUCAAAUUAUUCGUGAUUCAGACCAAGCACCGCCCGUUCCGGAAAAGGUGGAAAAAAAUAGAUAUCUCUACACAAUUAAAAUAGUUCAAGCAGAAAAUUUACCUGCACUUGAUACUAAUGGCUCCAGUGAUCCUUACUGUGUGCUUUCGGACGAAAAAGGAAUGAAUUUAGUUCGGACUCGUGUAAUAUAUGAAACGUUGAAUCCACGUUGGGACGAAGCAUUUGAUAUCACCAUUGAAUCUUCAGACAAAAUGCGUUGGUUAUGUGUUACAGUGUGGGACAGAGAUCAAGUUGGUUCUGAUGAUGUAUGUGGGAAAGCUUAUAUUAAGUUAGAUCCUAAAUUCUUUGAUGACUUCUUGGCUCACGAUGUUUGGCUAGAUUUAGAUCCACAUGGUCGAAUAUUAUUGAGAAUAAGUAUGGAAGGAGAAAAGGACGACAUUCAAUUUUAUUUCGGAAAAGCGUUUAGGACAUUAAAGCGUGCACAUGAUGAUAUGGCAAGAAUAAUUGUUGAUAGAUUGUCUCCAUUUUUGAGAAAAUGUUUAUCAAGAGAUGUCAUUGCAAAACUGGUGAAAAACCCCACUUUUCCUUUUAGUAAAUCAAAGAGAAUUGAAUUGACAGAUAUGCAAAUUGAAGAAGCGAUUCAUCCACUCUUCGAUUAUUUUGAUCCUAACUUAAUGACGCUUAAUAGUUAUCUACAUCCUGUGGUGUUUACGAAGGUCAUGACUAAAGUAUGGAAAGAAAUUGAAUCUAUUAUUGAGGAACUUUUGGUACCUCCUUUAUCAGAUCGACCUUCUGAAAUGAAACCUCUUAAUGAUACUGAGGUUGACGUUGUAAUUAAAUGGCUAAAGUUCCUUCAUAAUUAUCUCCAUGCUGAUGGGAACGGUUUAUCAAAAGAAGAAGUUCUUGAAAACCAAAAUACGAUAACUGUUAAAAAAUCAGAAAGCAUUAGUAAAUCAGUAAUGAAUUCACGUAAUUUAGGAACAAUUAAAAACAGAAAAUCUCAAAAACGUAAAAAUACUAGUCAGGAUAAUAGUGAAAUUAUUUUAAGAAUUUUAAGAAUGAGAUCAGGUACCAAAGUAUUUUUGAAACAACAAAUGGAAGAACGAGCUAAAAAGCAGGCUAUUUCCUCUCAAAAUUUAGAUACAUAA